GUCUUUUUCGCUCAAUCGAUCACUCUCCGAGACCCUACAACAAAUUCAGUCGUUCAUGGCAUCAAAUGAGAUUUCUCCACUUUUCUUCUUCUUCUUCAAAGAGUCUUCGCUCUCAAGAUUCUUCCAUCCGUAAGUCCCAUGUGUUCAUAGCACAUGUUUAUAUGAAAUCCUAUUCUCUGAUUCUCAAUAAUUAAAGGGUUGUCGUUGGAACUUGAUUUCUUAUCAAAUUACCAUAUAAAAAUUCGAACUUUGAAUCUUGGAUCUGGUAGCUUUCUCUUGAAAAGUUUCAAGAUUUGUCUUUAUAGCUCUUUAGGGUUCUUGAAUCUUUACUUUUUCUCUCAUGGGGUUCUUUGAAUCAGAUGUUCAAUUCGGUAAACAAGAACUGAUUCAUGCUGUUGUUCCAUUAUUGAAGCUCUUGACUCUUACUGUUAUCGGUGUUCUUCUUGCACACCCAAAAACACAAAUCGUCCCAAAAUCAACCUUCAAGCUUCUUAGCAAACUUGUCUUUGCUCUGUUUUUACCCUGCACAAUCUUUAUUCACUUGGGUGAAUCAAUUUCUCUCAAGAAUUUAACUUUAUGGUGGUUUAUACCAGUGAAUGUAAUCAUCAGUACUGCCAUCGGCUGUCUGUUGGGGCUGCUGGUGGCGGUGAUUUGCCGGCCGCCACCGGAGUUUUUCCGAUUCACCGUGAUUGUAACCGGUUUCGGAAACACCGGAAACUUAAUACUCGCGAUUGUUGCUUCGGUUUGUCAUAGCGAAGAUAAUGCUUUCGGUUCUGAUUGUCAUACAUCUGGUACUGCGUAUGUUUCUUUAGCUCAAUGGGUGUCUGUUCUUCUAGUUUAUACUCUCGUUUACCACAUGAUGGAACCUCCGAUGGAGUAUUACGAAGUCGUCGAAGAAGAUGGAGAAAUCGAGAUUGUUCAGGAGAAUUUACCGGUGAACGAUCUCAGCCGGCCGCUUCUUCACGAAGCAGAGUGGCCGGGGAUGGAAGACAAAGAAACUGAACACUGCAAAACACCAUUCAUCGCUAGAGUUUUCGCUAACGAUUUCUCUCAGACUUCCAUUCCUGAUCCAGAUUCGCUAGAAGAAAGCCAUGAACAGCCGCGAAGUCCGAAAUCAAUCAGGUGUUUAGCAGAGCCACGAAUGGUUAGAAGGAUAAGAAUCGUCGCUGAGCAAACUCCAGUUCGCCAUAUCCUUCAACCUCCGACGAUCGCUACUCUUCUAGCUCUAAUCAUCGGAAUGGUUCCGUUUCUGAAAUCUAUAGUGUACGGAAAUGACGCGCCGUUGUCGUUCUUGACUGACAGUUUAGACAUAGUCGCCGGAGCAAUGGUGCCGUCGGUGAUGCUUGUUCUUGGAGGGAUGAUUGCAGAAGGUCCAAACGAAUCUAAGUUAGGACUACGAACUACUAUCGGGAUUCUUGUCGCGAGGCUAUUGAUUCUUCCGAUGUUGGGAAUCGGGGUUGUGUUCUUGGCUGAUAAACUGGAUUUGCUGAUUGAAGGUGAUCGAAUGUUUCAGUUCGUGCUUCUGUUGCAAUACACGACACCAAGUGCGAUCUUGUUUGGUGCAAUUGCUAGUUUGAGGGGUUACGCAGUUAGUGAAGCUUCGGCACUUCUGUUUUGGCAACAUGUUUUUGCGUUGUUUUCUCUUUCGAUGUAUUCCAUCAUCUACUUCAAGUUGUUGCUUACGUAUAAAUGAUAUAUCCAUGAUCCAUAUCUUUCGAAAAGGAAUUGUACCAGAUGAUGUAAUAAGAUCUUCCCAAGAACAGGGUUGGAAGUCAACUGGGUUCACGUGGUUUAUUGACAAAUUGAUGCAUGAUUCAGUUUCAUCUGGAGAAGAAAUGUGCCUUGUAAGAUAUGAAUUUCAGUAAAGUAUAAAGCUUGAAGUUUUUUGGAGAAGAUGAAAUUUAUUUAGAAAUUUGUUGUUUGUAGACUUUCCCUCUGAAGUGUUGAGUGAUAGACUGUGGAUCAUGAAUUGGCUGGUUGUACUGGAUCAUCGGUCCAAACAUAUUUGGGUCUCGGUACAAGAAAGAAAAAAAAGACCCUGGAAAUCCCAAAUGUAAUAAAGAUUUAGAAAAAAGUAUACCAAUUUACUAAAAUUAUUAAUA